AAACCCAUCCGCCGGGCCGGGAUUUCUUCCAAGGGGAGGGGAAAAAAUAGUCCGCGACUGGCCUCCUUGAUUUGUUUCCUUCACGGGCGGAGGAGAGGGCAGGCAUCCCCAGUGGUUUCCCUAUCUGAGGCCGGUGGACCGUCUCUCGGGCUCCGUUUGGGUGGAGAGAGAAGGAGCCUCCUCCUCCUCCUCCUCGCGGCGGAGGGAUACACGGCUCUGGCAAGCGGUGAGAAAACGCUUUUGAAUGAAGGGCGCGAGGGGAGGCCCGCCGGCGGCAGUUGGUUAGCGCCGAAGUCGUCGGAUCGUGUUGUUUGAGCGCACCGAGGGCGCAUCCUUUUGAAUACUUACGAAAGAUAUCCAGACUUCUGUAGUACAAUAUUGCUUAAAAGUCCCAGUCGGAAGACCAAACUAUUUGUCAAGAAAGCAGCAAUAUCACCAAUGAGUUGGCAACAGCAAAGACAUUCCCAAUGGAGAAUCAGAAUACUAAAAAGGUACUUUUCGAGUGUUCCAAUACUCAACGUAACUUGUAUUUGGGGCAUGGAAACCCAAUCAAUAGCAUGAAGAAGAUGGACUCUCUCUUCACAAGUGGCUCAUCAGACACCCCAGCAGCAACCUUGUGUACAAGCACUGCCGUGCCUAAGAGUUUGGGAAGCACCCUGAUAAACAAUCACCCUAUCGUCAUGAAUGAUACAGAUCAUUUAACAACUCCCAGGAGAAAAUCAGAAGAGAAUACAAAUGUUGAAAUUGCAAGUAACCAAGUUACACCGUAUAGAGGCUUGUCUGACAGUACGGCAGUUGGUUAUAAAAUUAACCCAGAGUUUUCUACAAGCCAGAAUAAAGAGGAAUUCAAGCAUGUAUUGAAAAAAUUAAGACGACGGUCUACAAUUGGAGCACGAGGUUCUCCAGAAAAUGAUUCUCUCAUCCAAUAUAUGGCUCGGCAAAGGAGAAUGAAGGCGCAAGAAACUUUGUCACAAUCCAGCCCUUGUCAAUAUCGGAACACGUUGCUGAAAGACAAAAUAGCUGCCUUCCAAUCCUCAUUUAAAGCCCUUGAAGAAAUUGAAGAAAAGGCAGUCCAUAUUCCUUCUACUUCAAACACAAGACUGCAUGAGCAAUCAACGUUGAGCCAGACAUGGUCCCAGGAGGAUACGAAUAAUGCUUUUGAAGAAAACUUAAAUAAUAAAUCUAUGAACGGAGAUGGUAUAUCAGUAGAUAUCCAGAUGCACAGUCCCAGAUUUCCAUCAUGGAAACCCCUUCUGUCUGGCACAAAUAUUAUGUCUAAGGCCGUUCUGGUCUCACCAGCGAACGCUGUGGAAUCUACACGUGUAUCUUUGGUAGCUACUCCAAAUACGGGCAUAUCAAAGAGUCAGAGUGGUGAAGACAAAGAAUUGAGCAGAAGCGACACAUCUCAACCCAGCGGUAAGAAGGUUCGGUUUUCAGAAAAGCAGAGCUUGGAAACCUUUGACGAAAGCAAACCACCCGUUACACCUGUGGGAAAAGGCCAUUCAUUUCCCAAUUCCCUUCGUUCAGUUCUGAAGAAAACACCAGUCAAAAUCGUAGCGGAAGGCUUGAAGGAUCUUCAAGGAUCAUCAGGGGAAAUGGCCACACCGAUAUGUCCUGGAUCUUUUGACCCUGAAGAAAGAAAACCUAAUUCUCCUGACCGUCAGGCUCCUUUGAUUAGAACCACUCGAAACUCUGCUAAAAGGAAGUGUGUAGUGCAAGCAGAAGAAAAAAAACUUGCAAUCAAAACUGAAGCCCAGAAUCAGCUCAGCAAAUUGCAGAAAGCCAAAACUUCAACCAAAUGCCCCCAAAACCCGGCUGUCCAACCCAAAGUGGCAGGGAAAAGGAGGAGGGGGAGAAAGAAGAAACAGGAGCAGAAAGUAUUUUACGGGCCACGCGAGAGAGUAUCAAAGAAACCUCUCUUAAGUCCUAUCCUAGAAAUAUCAGAAAAUGCAUCCUUUUGUUUUUCUUAUCCAAAUACGCCAACAUUAAACGUUUCCACCUCAGACGAUUCUUUAAGUGACCUGCAUGCUAAGUUUAUCGAUGAAACGGCUGAAGACAAAAAGAGUCUACCUUAUGCUGUAGGAGUGGACAGCUAUGAUCAACAUUCUACCCCUCAGGAAGAAGGUGGCUUAGCUAAUUCAUUCGUGCAGCUUCAAGAACUUGCUCUGAAGAAUAGAAAACAAUGGCUUCCUGGAUGCGUGCCCGAAAAAAUCUCUCCUGAAAAACUGAAGAGUUCUUUAAAUGGAAAUGAACAGGUGGUAGGAAGGGACUGUCUGUCGAGUAGGACAGAAAUGCAGCUGGUGGAGUUACUGAACAUCUGUGGACCUAGUAAAAAUAUCAAGGCUAAAGAAAAUUCAUUUUUCACCGUAGAUUUUACAACGGAGGUAAUGAGUGAAAGCAACGGGGUGAACUUUGAAAGGAACCCAAAAAACAGCAGAAGAUUGACGGAAGACUUUCUGAGCAUCGAGGGCGCUGAGCCAAAAAGCCCUGGAAACAGCACUGGUGUUCCUGGAGGAAACCUGGGUGGGUUGCCACCUUGUUCUUGGACAGCAGAUGACAUUGCACUCUUAAACCAUUUUGAGGAAAACAGGAAUGUAACAAAAAAAGUAAGACGCAGCAUGAGGGGUCUGAAAGAUGCAGAAGGUGAGGGCCUGGCCUGGGUUGAGAUCCCUUGCAAAGUCCCCAAAAGGCUGUCAUCUGCUGGUCCUCAAGAGUCAAAGCACGCAGUGAGUAGCCCAUAUGGACCAAAAAGAAGAAGGAGCUUCUGCGCAUUGGAUGCUGAAAAAGAUCAAGGUGUCACCGCCAACGUUCGAAGGAAUAGAAGAGCCAGUCUGGGUUACAAAAGUGACCUUCGCUAUCGAAAAACCUUUGAAAUGAGUACAUUCUUAAUGAAUCCACCUGCUCUUGUUUAAAUUAAGAUGCUGUCCAAAAUGGGAAUGUGUGAAAGAUUUUGCUUCAGCCAUUCAAGUUACGCAAAGCUUUUAAAUGUCGUCAUUCAGAUGUAUUUUUUAAGAAUGCAUAGACCUUUGGCUUUUUCCCUUUCCAUUGUUUUUCCCAAAAAGAAGUAAAGAGAAAAACUAAGGGAACUAAAAACAAACGGAGAAAGGAAUGGCAAUCAAAUAGGUUCUACUCAGAAGAAUUGGAAAUUUAAGACUGCACCUAGCUGUCAAAACUGAUCCAUUGUAGGAAGUGUGGUUCUUAUUACCGACUGUUGAAUGGAAUUCUACCAGAAAUGUGGAUAAGAGUUAAAAUCAAGCACAUAACCCUGGAAACAGGUGUCCAAACAUUUUGAAGUGGACAUCAUUAAAGUACUAAAAGAAUAUCUUGGGUGCUAUGACUCUUGGAUGGCAGGGCAGCCCCAAGUGUUCUGUCUUCCUUUCUCAAGAUGUAUAGCUGUGCAUGAGUUUUAUGCAUCUAUAAUGAUGGGUGUUUCUAAACACUUUUAAAGUUAUUGCAUCUUUAAUUUUGUGAAAAGCACUGUAUAUCAUCACACUGGGAGUUUUGUUUUUGCUUUUUUUAAAAAAAAAAAUAGUGAAGUGACAAAAUUUAGGUGAAUAGAGAUGUAUUUUAAUCCUUUUCCAAGCAGGGCAGGUCUGUGGCAAUCAAGGUGGUGAUUGCUCUAAUUGUCUUUAGCAUCAAUUAGAGAAAUUAAACUCCCCGUUUAACGCUACUGUUGACUUAGUAGGCAUCUAAGAAGAAAGACAUCACUUGGGUUGAAUGGCAACCAGACUGAUAUACAAGCUAAAGUGUGAUGAAGUAUUUUCUGGCUAAAAUAGAGUGAAAAGGAGCAGGGGCAUGUUUAGAGGAGACAUUAACUUAUACUUUCUAGCUGAUCAUUUGUUAUAGAUGAGUUUAGCUAUGCUUGGCCCAUUUCCCUCCACUAUUUUAGUUUAUUCUUGUUUCCUUUUUUUUCAUCACCUAGAAACCUCAAGGCUAUUUCUUAGAUGGAGAAUGUUGAUUCUCCAUCUGUAUAGACAUGAAAUGCAUCAAGAAAUAAAAUAGCAGGGGCCAGAUUGGCAUUGGGCCUCAAUUCAGCAAGAUCUACACGCAGCUCGCUAUGGGUUUAAAGAGUAACAAGAAACCUUUUACUAGAUCCCGGUUUCUUUUUGCCUGACUUGCUAUAUCAAUGAGAUUUUCUCUUUUGACACCUACCAUUGAAUAUGAAGAAAUAAAAAUAAAAUCCACAUAAUCCUUAUUUCUUUGCGGGACAGUGGCAAGAAUAAAUUAAGACUGUAGCGACUUUAAGAUGUGUGGACUUCUAACUCCCAGAAUUCUCCAGCCAACAGGCUUUGGAUCCAUGCUUCUCAACCUUAGCCAUUUUAAGAUGUGUAGACUUCAGUUCCCAGAAUCCUUCUGUCAGCAUGCUGGCUGAAGAAUUCUGGGAGUUAAAGUCCACACGUCUUAAAGUUGCUAAAGUUGAAAAAUAUUGUUUUGAUUAUAUUUCCCGUAAGCCUUAAAUAGCAUACCCACUUGGGUAGACCUAACAAUUGCUGGAAAUAUCUGUAAAAUACCCUAUUGGACAUGUUGCUUUGUAUAUAAUAUUAACAAAGAUAUGGCUUCACAAUUGCCUGUAUAGAGUACGUCUUCUCCCUUGCUCUUCGAGAUGUGAUAUGAGGCCAUUCUUGUAGCACUUAUGAUCAAAGUUCUUCCAUCUGUUACCUUCUCAUCACCACCCUGUGUCAGCGUUCCAGAAAACCCCCAUUCCAAAUAAAAACUCUGAAGCAA